AUGGUGUCUUCCUGCUUUUCUUAUUCUUCUGGUGAUUAUGGUGGUACACUUUUCUUGUGGUCUUUCUGCUUCUCUUAUUCUUCUAGUGAUUAUAGUGAUAUUUUGGUUCUUACUGGUCUUCCUUCUGUUAAUUAUGGUGAAUCUUUCAGCUUUUCUCAUGUUCUUAUCAGUCUUCCUUCUGUUGAUUAUGAUAAAUCUUUUAGUUUCUCUUAUAGUCUUUCUGCUUCUCUUCUUCUAGCGAUUAUGGUGUUAACUUCUAGAAGUAGUUAUAAUUUUUAUAUUUAA